UUCGGAUAUUUAGGCCAACGUUACGUCGAUAGUCAGGCCGAUUGAGUCAAGUCAAAGCCUAUGGCUUCAUUGUUCCCGUAAUAGUCGAUUGAUUUCAUAUGACUUUUAGGUUGGAUUUGGUGGCUGAUUAUUGUGUUGGAUCAGUGGUACAUCAGUAGUACAUCAGUACACCUCUUCUAAUAGUCAAAAAUUGUACAGUACAUAAAUUCAAUGGCUGGUGUUUUUCAGGACAUGGAUGACAACGUUCGAAAACAAAUCGACGACCUGGAAUUAAACAAGAUAUGGACGGAUCUUGACGUGGACGGAAAGGGCAAUAUCACGGCUGCUGAUAUGAGAGCUUACAAGAUUUUCAGACCGUAUGAUGCUUCAAAUUACGUCAAACAAAUGGAUUAUGAUCAAGACGGAGAGGUAACGCCGGCAGAACUGGCCCAUCAUACCUUUCUACACAGAGUUGGAAGGGAACCCAACGAGGCCGAGCUGAGGUAUGCAACCAGAAUGGUCCGGGUUAAUCCGAUUAUAUUCACAAGGAUACCUGCACUGGCGAAGAAAUGGAAGUAUUACGAUAAGGACAACGGUGGAACAAUUUCGAAAAAUGAGAUUUCUUCAGUGAUAGCCCGCGUUUACGCGCACGUCGAAGACGAGGCAAGGGAUAAAAUGAUCAACGAUGUGGCCAAAGAACUAAUGGGAGAGCUGGACCUUAACAAUGAUGGCAAGAUCUCGAAGAAAGAGUAUCUCGAAAAUGAACUGUCACAUCUUCUGCAUAGAAAACCUCACAAACCCGAAAUGGAGAUUGGAUUGGAAACGAUGGAGGCCAUUAUCACGAAAUGACGGGGGAGAUCUUACCGAUAGAAUAUUGGCUAUUUAAUAUUUCAGUGUGUUCGUUAAUACAUUAGUCAAGACGUUCGUAAACGUUAUUUUCUCAAGCACGAAAUAAAACGUUUAAGAGCACGCGGAUUUUAUAAUUGAUUUCAAGGUGUCGGUUUCAAGUUUAUUUUGUCACCUGUACAGUCCAAUCGAUGUUCUUUCAUAUUCCGUCAUGUCAGCCCGGUGCCAGUUUACGUAACCUUCAAAAUGCAUUUAGUCAACAGGAAAAAUCAUCAAUUUUCUGCACUUUCAUGUAAAACAUGAACAGUGAUUUUCAGCUGGAGAUCAAAUUGUUCAUUCAUUGUAUAGGACUAUAGAAAUAUGCUAACAUAAUCAUGAUAUUCCGAUUUGUUGACGUGAUAUUGGGUUUAAUAAAUCGAUAACGUAGAAAUUUGAUAUAAUGUAUGAAGUGAUGGUCAUGGCUACAACAUAUGUUUAAAGAAAGGCGUGUAACGUGUACAUGCAUAAAAUUUUGGUAUCGAUAAUGUAACAAACAAUUUAAAACUUUAUUGAACUAAUUACUUGUG